GUUCACAGCCCCUACCGUUCAACGAAACGAAAACCAUUUUAUUUGAAACUAUAAUGGGCCGGGCUAUGUUGGGCUUUGGGGAAGGAAAAUAUUCGGCCCACUGUAAAUAAUAAUAGAAAAGACCGUGGAAUUUGAUAAACCCUUGGUUUAGGGAGAGAGAGAGAACAGAGGCUGAGUUGAGAAGAGAAUGGGAACGAAGAAGAGUACCCAAGUGAUGCAAAAUGAGAAGAACAAUGAAAGCAGAGGAGAUAACAAUGUUUUUGCUUCUUGCUCUUUCUCUAGCCUUGGCCUCAACCCCACCUUAUGUGACCAACUUCGUGAAAGGAUGAGCUUUGAAGUUCCAACGUUGGUGCAAGCUCAAGCCAUUCCUGUUAUUCUCUCAGGGCGUCAUGCUCUGGUUAAUGCUGCCACGGGCACGGGGAAGACUGUUGCGUACCUGGCUCCAAUUAUUCAUCACUUACUCAAUUAUGAUAAUCGAAUCCAGCGCUCUGAUGGAACAUUUGGUUUAAUUGAUUCAUUGGCAAUAGCGUUGGUUCUUGUACCGACGCGCGAGCUAUGUUUGCAGGUUUAUGAAAUUCUUCAGAAGUUAUUGCAUCGGUUUCAUUGGAUUGUUCCUGGAUACAUCAUGGGUGGUGAAAAUAGAUCAAAAGAGAAAGCCAGGCUGCGCAAAGGCAUAUCAGUUCUUAUAGCAACUCCUGGGCGCCUUUUAGAUCACUUGAAGAAUACAUCAUCAUUCUUAUACACAAAUUUGCGCUGGAUAAUUUUUGAUGAAGCUGACCAUAUUCUGGAAUUAGGAUUUGGAAAAGAUAUACAGGAAAUACUAGAUCUUUUAGGUUCAAGGAAAACGAGGCAUGAUGACCAAGAGAAUGCAGUUCCUAGAGAAUCUAAAAUUCAAAGACAGAAUUUGCUUUUAUCUGCCACCUUAAACGAAAAAGUGAACCACCUUGCUAAGAUUAGUCUAGACAAUCCAGUGAUGAUUGGUCUUGAUGGUAAAAAAAUAGAACCAAUUUCAACAAUUGAAAGCCUUGAUCCUUCAGAAUCUGAUGAUGAUAAUAAAGACAAGUAUUCCAGCAAAAUGCCAACAGUUGGAGAUUAUAAAGUCCCCAUACAGUUGAUUCAGAAAUACAUGAAAGUGCCUUGUGGUUCAAGGCUCCCUGUACUUCUUUCGAUUCUAAAGCAUCUUUUUGAAAGGGAAACUUCACAAAAGGUUGUUGUAUUCUUUUCAACAUGUGACGCGGUCGACUUUCACUAUUCAGUUUUAAGUGAAUUCCACUUCUCAUCCUAUCCACAAACAGAAAAAGGGAUGAGACAGAUAUUUCUUGGAUGCAAAACUUUUCGGUUGCAUGGUAAUAUGGAACAGGAGGACCGGAGAACCAGUUUUCAGGCCUUUAAAACUGAGAAAUCUGCUUUGCUUUUGUCCACUGAUGUCUCUGCUAGGGGCUUGGAUUUUCCAAAGGUUAGAUGCAUCAUACAAUAUGAUUCUCCAGGAGAAGCUACCGAAUAUGUGCAUAGAGUUGGUAGAACUGCCCGGCUGGGUGAAAGAGGAGAGUCAUUGUUAUUUCUGCAACCAGUUGAAAUAGACUAUUUGCAGGACUUGGAGAAACAUGGUGUCUCACUAACAGAGUAUCCUCUCCUCAAAGUGUUGAAUAAUUUCCCACUGUAUGGACAAAAGAACGAUAUGAAGAAGUCUGUUUUUGUAGACACACAUCCCUGGGUCCUCUGUCUCCAGAAGGCACUUGAAUCCUUCAUCAUGUCCAAGCCCAAGAUGGAUGAACUUGCCAGGAAAGCAUUUUGCUCUUGGGUCCGUGCAUACACAGCCCAUCGUGGUGAGCUAAAAAGAAUAUUUAUGAUCAAGAAACUUCACUUGGGGCAUGUAGCUAAAAGCUUUGCAUUGAAACAACAACCCUCCUUAGUUGGACAGUCAUUCCAAAAGCAAAUUAAGAAGAGAAAGAGAUAUGAUAAGAAAAUUGGGCUAUCAAAAAAGAGAAAAGUUGCUAGUGUCACGUAAUGCAGACCAUGAAAAUAUGGCUGAAGAUAUAAGUUAAAUGAGGCAAAUGGUGGUGACAAAUGAUGACUAUGGACGGAUCCUGUGAAACCAGAAUGCAGAUCAUUGUAUCAACAAAGCAGGUCACUCAUGAAGUAUCACUGAAGCAUCAAGGCCUUGUGGGGUUGUUCAUUUUUGUAGCCCAAAUCGCUAAUCGCCAUUUCAUGCUAAAUGCUAGCAUAUACACUCCUGUUAACUAAUAUUUUAUAGUGUGAUAUAUAUAUAUAUACACACACACAACUGAUGCAAAGAGUGUAACUAAUUGGACUCAAACAUUACCUUAGCUUUGGCUAUAUUGUGCUUUUAGUUGGUUUGGAACUCUUGUAUUAUAACAUGGAGCUCAAUCAGUUUGUUAGCUGAGCCCAUGGAAGUAUUAUACCGAUGUUGCAUGAAAUGUUAUAAUGUUGGCUUUUUAACCCAUCGGCAAGAA